CUGGCGCCUCUCUCCAGUGCCCACAUGAUCAUGGCGAACCCGGUUCCCUUUAACGCCCCGAGUAACUCGCCCCUCGCCCCAGAUGGUUCCGACUUCCCUUGCAAGGGCCCUGCUAGCGGCUCAGCUCAAGUUAAUGAAUGGCCCGUUGGCUCAACCCAAUCCCUCUCCUUCUCGGGCACUGCCGUCCACGGUGGUGGCAGCUGCCAGAUGAGCGUAACCACCGACAAAACACCCACCAAAGAUUCCAAGUGGAAAGUCAUCUAUAGUAUCGAAGGUGGAUGCCCUGCAAACGUAAAGGGCAACCUGGAUCUGAACAGCGGCAGCUACAACGGCAGUUUCCCCUUUACCGUCCCUCAGGAUCUUCCCACUGGAGACUUUACUGUAGCCUGGACAUGGUUCAAUAAGAUUGGCAACCGCGAAAUGUACAUGAACUGCGCGUCUGUCUCAGUCACUGGCGGUGCAGAUGAUGCAUCGGGCCUAGAUGCGCUUCCUGACAUGGCGAUUGCGAACGUCAACGUCCCAGGCUCGUGUGGUACGACGAAAGAGGGGGCCGACUAUACAUUUUCGAAUCCAGGCGCGUUUGGUACGACGGCUGGUGAAGGUCCGUUUAUGGAUCUUUGCGCGGGUACGCCUUCGCAGCCUGGAAUGGGUCGUGGUGGUAGUGGCUCUGAUGGUGCCGCCGGGGCUUCUCUACAGGCUCCAGCAGCAUCAGAUGCUGGAUCCGCGAUGCCUUCGACCUUCCGUACUGUCAAGACUCUCACCGCACCUAUGCCUCCUGUACCCACCAAUCCAGGCGGUGUCAUGGCUCCUUCCGCUUGUAGUGCCGCCCCAGCUCCUAAGCCCACGCCCGCUCAACCUUCUCAAGGUCCCGGUAUCGCUCAUCCCACUGCUGCCCCAGCCCCAGCACCAGCUCCGAGCCCCGUUACACCUCGUCCAUCAACUGGACUAGCCCCGGGCUCUGGAUCUUCUACCGGCACUCCUUGCUCCACUGACGGCCAACUCGUCUGCUCACCCGACGGCACUCAAUAUGGUCUUUGUAACUUUGGAAAGGCUGUCAUGAUGCCUGUGGCUGGAGGAACGAAGUGUGUGAAUGGAGCCAUCGCAAAACGUGACGAUUACACGCACCGAAACCAGCGCACUGCUAUCUAG